AUCGCUCCUGUACACCGGGGAUUUAAAGAUGGCAAAUUGCGCAUAUUCUUAGUUUUUGAAAUUACAUUAAAUAGUGAAAUGAAAUGAAAAGUAAAAAUAUAUUAAUGUUUUCAGUGCCCUCAUUCUUGAUUUUUGUUAUUUUUUAAAAAGUCGUUUAGCAUAGUCUUGUGUCGUGGGAGCAGUGUUUUACCCAUAAAUAAUUUGAAGGUUAAACAUUGUGUAGAAGAAAAAUGAUUUCUGUGUGCCCUAAAUGUGCCCAUCUGGGUAGAAUAUUAAAACAUCAUCAUUCAUUUAAAUUUUACACCAAAUCAAGUUCUCAUGAAAGGGCAUUUUCUGGCUGCUUCACAAAAGAAAAUGAGGCUGAUAAAAAUUGUUCUCUGCACAACCAAUGUGUAAGAACUUAUUUGAAAAGUAGUUCCACUGGAAAUGAUACAAUCCUCCCCAAACAAGCCCAAGUUGUGAUUUGUGGAGCAGGAACUGUCGCUAAUUCUGUGGCUUAUCAUUUGGUACAGAAUGGAUGGAAUGACAUUGUGGUACUGGAACAAGAGAAGAUUGGGAGUGGAACAUCUAACUUUGGAUCUGGAACUUUGGGUCUUUUCAAGCCAAUUGCUGAUCGAAAUCUUGUUAUGUACAGUAUUAAGUUAUAUAGACAAUUACAGGAAAUGGGAUAUGACAUAGGUUUCAAACAAUGUGGCAGUGUGAACUUAGCUCAAACAAAAGACAGAAUGGUAGCACUGAAGCGAAGAAUGGCCUAUCAUCAAGCAACUGGACUUCAUUGCGAGGUUGUUGGUAGCAGUGAUUUGGUUCGCCUGCAUCCUUAUCUGCACACCAGUGAUUUGGAGGGAGCUAUUUGGGUUCCAGAAGAUGCAGUGGCAAAACCUCUUGCUGUGUGCGAAGCCUUAGCCAAACUGGCCAAGGAAGGAGGUGCUCGCUAUGUGGAAAAAUGCAAAGUGAUGCAGGUGUUGACUGAGAAUGCCCGUGUGAAGGGCAUACAAACGAAUUUGGGAACUAUUCUCUGCGAAUAUUUCGUUAACUGUGCUGGCAUGUGGGCACGAGAAUUGGGGCUGCAGUGCAGGCCGCGGGUGCGCAUUCCGGCCAUGCCAGCGGACCACUUUUACGUGACUGCAGCCCUUCCUGGAGAAGCCGUCGACCCUUGGUUGCCGUGUGUGCGCGACUACGACUCGCACACGUACGCCCGAGAAUGGGAAGGUGGAUUCAUGGUGGGCGCUUUUGAACUGGAAGCAAAGCCUUCGUUCGGCGGCGCGCGAAUCCCGGACGAGUGGCGACAGUGCCUCCAGCAGGACUGGACUCACUUCAAGCCUCUCUGGGAAAAGGCUGUCCAUCGCUUUCCUCUGCUGGCGGAGGCUACCAGUCCUUUGCUCACCAAUUCACCGGACAAUUUCACUCCCGAUGGCAAGUGGAUUUUGGGAGAAACGCCGGAGGUACACAACUACUUCGUGGCUGUGGGCAUGAACGGCAAUUCCCUGCAAGGCGCCGGGGGCAUCGGCCGGGCCGUGGCCGAGUGGCUGGUGGAGGGCGAGCCCACGACGGAGUUGCUCCCGUUCAGUGUGCAGCGCUUCCUCGACCUCCACAACAACAGACACUACCUCGAAGAGCGAGUCAAAGAGGUGGUUGGACGGCAUUAUUGCGUUCUGUACCCCAUGCAAGCUGAAUACAAACAUGCUCGAGGGCUCCGAUGCUCACCGUUGUACAGUCUACUUCAGCAACGAGGGGCAGUCUUUGGCACGCGAAUGGGAUACGAACGUCCGCUUUAUUUUGAUUCAACAUAUUCUUCAGAAGGUCCUCCGCCUGAAAUGCCUCCAGGGAGCUUCUACAAACCGAAGUUCUUUGACUUCAUGAAGGAGGAAUACAUUGCGUGUCGAGAGGGAGUUGGCAUAAUUGACAUGUCUUCCUUCUCCAAAAUCCAAAUUACUUCUGCAGCUGCAGAAGUGGUGGACUACCUACAACGAGUGUGCUCUAAUGAUGUCAACAUUCCAGUGGGAGGCAUUGUGCACACAGGCAUGCAGAAUGAGCGAGGUGGCUAUGAAAACGACUGCAUGCUUGUACGUCAGGCUCACAAUUGCUACUUCAUGGUAUCUCCUACGAGUCAACAGACACGAAUAUUUGAAUGGAUGCGUCGUCACUUGCCUACCGAUAUGUCUGUUAGCAUUAAUGAUAUGACAUCGAUGUACACUGUAAUCAAUGUAGUGGGCCCCAAAUCCCAGGAACUUAUGGCAGAACUCUCCAAUUCUGACAUGAAACUGUUACCAUUUACUUACAAGAAAGUUAACGUGGGCUAUGCAUCAGAUGUCAUGGUGAUGUCUUUCACUCACACUGGGGAGCCUGGCUACUGUCUUUACAUACCCUCAGAGUAUGCACUGCAUGUAUAUGACCGCCUAAUGACAGUGGGACAUGAUUUUGGAGCUCGUGAUGUGGGCUGCCUCACACAGCGGUUUAUGAGAAUCGAGCGCUUCAUUCCACUGUGGGGUGAAGAACUCACCAGUCUUACAACACCCUUUGAAGCUGGUGGAGGUUUCCGUGUAAAACUUGACAAAGAAUACUUCAUUGGCAAGUUUGCCCUCAAGCGCCAAAAAGAACAAGGUGUCACCAAACGCCUGGUGUAUUUCACUCUUGAUGAGACUGAUCCUGAUCAUCACAUCUGGCCAUGGGGAGGAGAGCCACUUUAUAGGAAUGGCGAAUUUGUGGGAACCGUUACUACAGCUGGGUAUGGAUUCACACUGGAGAAGCUUAUCUGUUUGGGUUUCAUCCACCAUCCAGGUUUGAGUAAAGCUUCAAGACCUUCUGAGAGACUCAUUGUCACAAAUGAUUUCAUCAUGGACCGAAGUGCCACUUAUCAUAUAGACUUAGCAGGGCAACGUAUGCCUGUCAAACCUCACAUUCAUGUUCCUCCAUUUGCCAUGAGCUCUGUUGACAAGCCAAGGAGAUACCGUCCCACAUUGGUUAGCGUUAAUGUUAACUAAAAUUUAAAGAAAAAUGGACUCAGAUUGUAAUCUAAUAGAAUUUUAGUUUGUAUAUAUUUGCUGGGCGUACACCAGGUUCCUAUUUAUAACUCUUUUCUUCAGUUCCUGUAUAUUUAAUUUAUAUCUUGUUACUAAUCACUUAUUGUUAUUAUGAAUUAUGAAAACGAUCUGUAUUUUUAAAACGUGUGGGGAAUUAAUUAAGGAAUCAAUGAAAGAAGGUUAUGUAUGAAGAUCAUGUAAUUAUAAUAAAAUGUCUACAUUGGAUGUCUACAUUGUACAGCCUACAUUGUAUAUAUAAUAAAAUGUGUUACUCUUAAACCUG